AUGCGGCUCUUCCUCGACCGGCUGCUCCUCCUCUUCGUCCUCCUCUCGCCCGCCGCAGCGAUUGGCGCAUCAUGCAUCAAGGUCGUGUCUGCCCUGGUCGGCCGGCCGACACACCUGUUCAACAAAUUCCAGAGUGAAAUCUGCGAGCGCGGCUGCCAGCCGACCGUCCCGCACUGGGAUCUCUGGACGCGCAACAACACCUUCGUACCCGCCGUGCGCAGCCUGAUGAAGCGCAUGAAGGUACCGCAUCAAGAAGAGGCGCUGCUCAAGAUGGGCGACGAUGUCGCCGUCAUCAUCAAGGAGCGCUGCGGCCCAAUGCUACACGGGCGACACAUGUGCUCCGACGGGGAGACCCUGGCGGGCUUCGGCAACUGCUUCAAGCGCAAUUUUGUCAAGGCGUCUAUCAAACACCUGCCUAUCCUGCUGCCGAUGGCGUCGGAGCAGGCGUGCCAGGAGCAAUAUCGGUUUUUACAGGGGGACGAGCUGUGGGAGCGUACUAUCCCCAACAAUAUGAGGGAGUAUGCCAGCGUGUGCGAUAAAUUAGAGCCGGCCAAGCAUGAGGAGUUGUGA